AUGCAAGUUCGCAUGGGAAGCGCGCCCUUUUCCCCCUCCUGUUCGCUGCUGCCACUCUCACACGCGCGCGGUGCCGGCCUCUUGGCUGUACGUCGCACGUAUUUGACGCAAAUGCGGCAAGAGGCCGCGGCCACCGUGAGGUGCAACCGUGAUUUCUGUGUGAGUGACACUGCGACCAGAAAUUCGUUUUUUGUUUGUUUGUUUGUUUGGUUUUACUUUCGUGAGAUGACAUGCUUUUUUUUUCCUGCCAGAUUUGUCUCUACGGUGCAUAUGCUGAGGUCUACAACUGCUGUCUCUACAGCUAUGCCAAACGGAAUGGCGGGGGAUUCGCUUUUUGCGGCCAAUGCCUACCUUGGGGUGGUCAGCUCACGUUGCAUUCUUAGCCGGCGGCGGCGGCGGGUCGGCAAGGAGGCUGCAUCCUUGCUAACGUGGUUAGCUGUGUGCUGUAUCUCUCAUUUGCCGGCUUCCCUUCUUGCUUGCCACUUUUAUUCUCUUCCCACUCCUCCGUUUUCGAUCAUGGCAGCAGCGAAGUGGAAGAAGGGAAAUUUUGCGUCCUCUGCUGUUUGUCUCUUGCAAGGCGGUUACAAAUACGCAUACAUGGAUUUCUUUACGUUGCUCUCUUCGUCAGGUGAUCCUGUUGUGGUUCCGCGGGAUCCCGCCAUCAUCUGCCAAUCGACAUGGCUGCAGGCAGCGCUUGACAUUGGGGAAGACGAGGGCGUUGUGCCGGUAGCGUGCACACGAACAUUGCAGUGUCUGGUGGCUUAUAUGAAAUUUCGCGCGGCGCGCCCCGAUGAUGACGAACAGGAAAUUGAGCUUCCUAUUUCAUGUACAUGUAGCACCAGUGCUGCUGGGCUGGGCUAUGAUGUACGUGAAAUGCUGCCGCCGUGUGACGUUGACUUUUUGGAUAACUGCGCUGGGGCGGGAAAGUCUUGGCCCCUAGAGAUGCAAGAACUCUUUUUGGAGUUGCUGGUAGCCGCCGACUUUGUGGGUCAUACUCACUUGAGGAGGACAUGUGCGGUGUACUUGGCAUGCCGGCUCAUGUCCGCCACGGAGUCGGACAUUUUGGGGUGGUUUGAGGCUGAGGUGGGGUGUGUUGGGGAGGAAACUGGCGUGGGCUUGUCGGAGGACAGCGGUGAGGGCCGGCUGCUGUUGCUGUCUGACCAAGACCGACUGCAAGUUCUGCGGGAAAUGCGAAGCGUCUUGGAAGUCGAGGAGUGA